AUGAGGGGCUCAGAUUCACCUUCCCCAAGGCCUCGCCAUCCUCGUUAUACAUCGGCAGCUUCAGUUGCAGCAACACCUGCAGCAACGACAGCAGCAGCAGCAGCAGCAGCAGCACUUGCUGCUGAGAGCAGCAGCGCGAUUGAAGUUGCUUCCCUCAGACGCAUUGGGGAUUUCCUGCGGGUUGUUGAGGAGCAGCACCGCUUGCAACAGCAGCAGCAGCAGCAGCAGCAGCCUCAUGGGACUUUCCUUACUUCCGUGGCUGCGGGCGGCGCUGGCCCGUACGGGAGCGGCAAAAGCUUGCAACAGCAGCAGCAGCAACUGCAGCAGCAGCAGCAGCCUCUUCUUCCUGUUCUGCGCGGCCUUUUGUCUGACUUGAAGGUGCUGUGCGAUCGUGCGGAGUUUCACGAUAGCAGCAGCAACAGCAGCAACAGCAGCAGCUGCACCGGUACCAGGAGCAGCAAUGCCCCAAGGAGCAGCGAAGGCAACGCAGCAGCAGCAACAACGGCAGCUGCAGCAGCAGGCACUUCUGUGCGGUCUGCAAUUGAAGACUUGCUGCAGUCCAGGGGGCCCCUGGGUGCAGCUGAACACAAGGGGCUGCUGCGCUCUCUCCUCAGCAGCCAGGGCCCCCCUAAGUAUGCCAGCCAGCAUAUGAUGCAGGGUGGCUUUGGCGCUGCUGCUGCUGCUGCUACUGCUACUGGAGCCCCAGCAGCUGACCCCUGCUGCAGCACCAAAUUCGAUACCUGCGCGAGUCCGCUCCCCUCAACUUCAUCCUCGGGUAUUGCUGCCUCGCCUGUUGCUGCUGCUGCUGCUGCUGCUGGCACUUCAGCCCGGCCGUCUGGUUUGAGCUCAACAGCAGCAGCAGCUGCAGCAGCAGCAGCAGCAGGGGGAGCAGGACAAGCAGGCGCCGCCGCCGCAGCAGCAGGAGCUGAGGCGGCGUUGCGCGUGCUACGCGAAGAAGCAGCAGCAGCAGCAAAGAAUGCGGUUGCUUCUCCUCGGCUGCUGUCGUGUGAGGGGGGGGCCCUACGUGCUGCUGAUGCUGUGCGUCUGUGCGGGCAAGCAGAGGCCCCCAGCUCAGCCCGAUUUGUUCCAAAGUAUAGAGGGGGUCCCCGCAGUUGCACACCAUCGGGUGCAGCAGCAGCAGCAGCAGCUGCAGCAGCAGCUGCUGCUGCUGCAGCGGCUGAUUCUGCAGCAGGUGCAGCAGCAGCAGCAGACAGCAGCAAGCUUUACCAGGCUUGGCUAGACGGGGCGUAUAUACCUCAGUUCGAUGAUAAUGAUGAAUAUUCAGAGGAGACAGACCCAGGAUACACCCCAGUAGAUAUGACAGAAGCAGAGUUUCUUGCUGCCUUCUGUGGGGCCCCACACCCCCCCGUUGGGGGCCCCCAAGGCAGCGGGGCCUCCUGGAGGCCUCAACAGACAGAAGGAAUGCAUCCGCUGCUUGCGUUGGGUGUAGACCCUGCUGUUGAUGUUGUAGGGGCCAGGCUGGAAAUGGCUGCAGCAGCAGCAGCAGCAGCUGCUGCUGCUGCUGCUAAGGAUGGCAGCCAGGAGCAGCAGCAGCAGCACCACUUAAAACAACAGCAGCACGGAGAUGUGCAGCAACAGCAGGCAGCGAUAGGAUAUGCUGCUGAUCUCUGUCCUACCAGUGCUGGUGCUGCUUUCAGCAGCGGCACUAUCUUCAGAGUUGGAGAAGACAGCAGCAGCAGCAGCAGCAGCAGCAACGGGGGGAGAGGCAGCAGAGCAACAACUCGCCCUUCUUCUCCAGCCUUCGGCGGCUCCCCUUCAAUUGAAGGGGCCCCUCUAGAAUCAACACGAGAGGCGGAGUUGUGGCAGCAGCAAAAACAGCAGCAGCAGCAGCAGCAACAACAGCAACAGCAGCAGCAGCAAGGAAGCCCCGCUCACUUCGGCCGCUCUCUGUCGUUUGGGGGCUGUGCAGACGCCCAGCCGAGCGGCAGCAACCUUAACCCCCCAGACCUUGCAGAACUAGCAGCAACAGAAGCAGCAACAACAGCAACAGCAGGAGCCGCAGCAACAGCGGGAGCAGCAGCAGAAGCCACAGCAGCAGCAGCAACCACGGAGGAGUGCCCCGCAGUGUCUUCUGAGGAUGAGUUGGCGGGCUGCGGCGUUCAGGAACAGGCGGUUUCUGCUGCUGCGGCAGCAGAGAUAUUGAAGCAGGAGCUGGAACAGCAGCAGCAACAGCAGCAGCGGCUGGAGCAGCAGCAGCAGGAGGCGUACCUAGCGGCACGGACUUGGGAGGAGAAGUACUGCGACGGGGAUAAGCAGCGCUUCAGACAGCAGCAGCAGCAACGUGCUGCAGCAGCACUCGCCCAUGCUGCUUACCCCGCCUCCGCAGACCCCGCGUACCCGCGGCCUUGCCGUUUGAGGGGCCCUGCAGCAGCAGCAGCAGCAGCAGGGGGCCCCCCUGUUCAAGAGGCGACGGUGUAUGAUUGCUUCAAUCUGAAAGUUGUCUUUAAAAGAAACACAACAGGAUCUGAUGGGCAUAAAGAAAUGGUUUUACCUGCAGGAACCCUUCUAGGAGGCAGAUACAGAGUGCAGCAGGAGAUUGGGGCGGCGGCUUUCUCGCGGUGUCUCCAGGGCAUCGACGAGUGCACAGGACAAAGGGUUUGCCUCAAGGUGAUGAAGAACGAGAAGGAGUUUCUGGAUCAGUCUCUUGAUGAGGUGGCCGUGCUGCGUUUGCUGCUGUCUAAUGGAGACCCUGACUGGCAUCGUUUUUUGCGUUUGUUUGAUUGUUUGUAUGUGGAUGGGCACUUGGUGUUAGUAACAGAGCUCCUUGAUGAAGAUUUAUAUACCUUUAGCACCACAUUAAAGAGACAAAGACAGCCCUCCUUCUGGAGCUUAGGGAGGCUGCAGCGAGCAGCAAAAGAUAUACUCCUUGCGCUUCACUUCGUUCAUAGUUUGCAUAUUAUCCAUGGAGACCUCAAGCCUGAGAACAUACUUGCUUGCUUUACUGCCCCCCUAGCAGCAAAACUGCAGCAGCAGCAGCAGCAACAACGGACCACCUACAAACGAGAUGCUGCACGCAGACAAACCAACGGAAGCUGCAGCACCUACAACUCCACCCCCUCCUCCCCCAGCAGCCCCACAAGCACCAGCACCAGCAGCAGCAGCAGCAGCAACAGCAGCAGCAGCAGCAGCAGCGGUGGGGAUUCUUUGUUUGAGUGGGAUUGUUUGGAUUUGUUUCGUGUGAAGGUAAUCGACUUUGGGAAUUGCUGCUUCACGAGCGACGAGCUUGUGGUGUAUACGCAGUCUCGGUCUUAUCGUGCGCCUGAGGUGUUAUUAGAGCUGCCUUACUGCCAACAAAUAGAUAUAUGGAGCUUAGGUUGUAUUAUCUACGAACUCUGGACAGGGGAGAUGCUGCUAGGGUGUUAUUCAGUGCCUUCUCUGCUAGCAAAGAUGGUGGGGUUGCUGGGGCCUAUUCCGGGGUAUAUGGCUCGCUGUAGCCCUCUUAAGCAUCAGCUUCUAGACCCUGAGGGCUUCCUAUACAGGUUUAUGGAUAGUAUAUCCACUGCACAGGAACAUAGACAGCAGCACCUCUCGCUGCAGCAGCAGCCGUCGGUGAGUUGUGAUCUCAGACCUCCUGAUGAUACCCUCCUCAGCUUGGUGCAGGAUCACCUUAAAAGCAGGCAAACCCGCAACUCCAGACACACCAGCAACAGCAGCAGCAGCAGCAGCGGGAGCAGCAGCGGCAACAGCAGCGGUACGGGGAGCAGCAGCAACAGCCGGAUUAUUCGUUUCUUUGUACCUAAACGCACAAACCUACGCCAACGCCUUCGUUGCACUGAUGAUGUCUUUGUAGAUUUCGUCUCUAAAAUGCUGCAGAUAGACCCCUGCAAACGUUGGACAGCUAAACAGCUGCUAGCCCAUCCUUUCCUUACUCCGGGCCGCUACAUAGACGGCAUUCAAAGCCCUUAA